UGAGCCUCUUCUUUCAGAGGAAGAAGUUCGGCCAUAAACCCUUAUCUCCUUCCUCUUGAACUCCAUCUAAACCUACUUCUCCACAGGAAGAAGAUAUCCUUAGAUUCACGCAUAGUUUCUGUCAGUCUUCAUAUUUUCUAUUUGACUAAUUCUCUCUACCUUAGCCAUGCCGAAGCAUUACAGGCCACCGGGUAAGAAGAAAGAAGGGAACGCUGCAAGAUAUAUCACCAGAUCCCUGGCUGUUAAGUAUCUUCAGGUCACCCUAUCUAAUUUCAGGAGACUAUGCAUCCUAAAAGGUGUCUUUCCAAGGGAACCAAAGAAGAAGGUCAAGGGAAAUCAUCAGACAUACUACCACAUGAAGGAUAUUGUGUUCCUUAAACACGAACCUUUACUUGAGAAGUUCCGAGAUAUGCGAGCAUAUGACAGGAAGGUUAAAAAAGCAUUGUUCAAGAAGAACAAAGAUCUCGCAGAACGUUUGCUCACCAGAAAACCUACUUACACACUAGAUAUGCUAAUCAGAGAGAGGUACCCUAAGUUCAUUGAUGCUUUAAGAGACCUUGAUGACUGUCUUACCAUGGUACACCUUUUUGCUUCAUUGCCUGCUGUGGAAAGGCAGAAAAUUGAAGUGAAGCGAAUUCAUAAUUGUAGAAGGUUGAGUCACGAAUGGCAGGCCUACAUAUCUCGCACUCAUAAGUUGCGAAAAACAUUCAUAUCUGUCAAAGGCAUAUAUUACCAGGCUGAUGUCAAGGGACAAAAGAUCACCUGGCUAACACCUCAUGCUUUGCAGCAAGUCUUACCUGAGGAUGGGGUUGUGGAUUACAAAGUCAUGCUCACCUUUUUGGAAUUUUAUGAGACUCUUCUUGCUUUCAUAAAUUUCAGACUUUAUCAUUCAGUAAAUGUUAGUUACCCGCCCAUCCUCGAUCCUCGGCUAGAAGCUUUAGCAGCAGAUCUUUAUGCUUUAUCAAGGUACAUUGAUGUCAGUUCUAAGGGCCUGAUGCCAGAAUCUCAAGAUCUCAGCUCAUCAGUAUCUGAAGAUGAAUCCAGGAAAAAGGGGACAGAGACUGAGUCUGAACUUAGGAUGGCACAGCUUCAGCACCACCUUCCUUCCAAUGUACCUGGUGCAUUGAUGAACCUGGUUGGCGGAGAUCAGACAGAGGAUGAUGAUGACGAAGACACUAAAGAGUGCAAGAAUCUCUUUAAGAAUGUCAAGUUCUUCCUCAGUCGUGAGGUACCAAGAGAAUCAAUGCUCUUUGUCAUACCUGCUUUUGGUGGUGUGGUGUCCUGGGAAGGAGAAGGUGCUCCAUUCACUGAAUCUGACCAGAGUAUUACUCAUCAGGUUGUUGACAGGCCAACACAGGGGCGCAGGUUCCUUUCAAGAGAGUAUAUUCAGCCUCAAUGGGUGUUUGAUUGUAUUAAUUCGAGAAUUAUAUUGCCAGUUGAGGAGUAUCUGGUUGGGAAGGUUCCACCCCCACACUUGUCUCCUUUCAUUGACAAUGAGGCAGAAGGUUAUGUUCCUGAGUAUGCAGAUACUAUAAAACGCCUACAGGCUGCUGCAAGAAGAGAAGUUCUUCCAAUGCCAGGUAUGGGUAAAGAAGAUGUGGAUGACCCACAAAAUUUACUGGCGGAAGGUAUCAUUGAUAGGACAGAAGCUUUUGAAGCCACUGAGAAAAAGCGGAAGAUGAUGGUCCUGGAGAAGCAGUACCAUGAUGAGCUGAAGAAGGAACUUGAAGGUGUGGUGCCCUCUUCAACUUCAAAUAUUGAUGAUAAUGACAUGGAGGAACAAGAACCUCUACCCGAUCAACAAGUUGCAGAGGAUUCUUCUAGCCUUUCUACAGUUGUGAUGUCUCGUAAGAAGAGGAAGCUUUAUGAAGCCAUGAUGAUUGGCAACAAGAGAAAGCAGGCUAAUGUUGGUCUCUUGAAGAAUAGGAAGAAAAAGAUUGAUGAAGCCAAAAAUGCCUGAGCACAGAGAUCUCAAAUUACCUGAACAAUCAACAAACUUUUGUGCUAUCAUGUUGUUCUGGACUCCCUUUUGAUUAUUUUUCUCAAAUUCUAUUUCUUGUUUUAAUACAAAACAUCUAUAGAUUGGAUGGGUAACAAGUGUUUGAAAUAUCUCUACUCUUAACAAUUUUGAUCCUAUUUCAAGUUAGUCUUUG